AUGGUAAUGAAGCCCGCUCUUUUGUUUUUCGCUCUCAAUUUAAUUGACAAUAGUCACAGCUGGAUAUUUAAUAAUAUUGAUUACAAAUUGUUGGAAAAUAAUAUCCUUGAAGAUAAACAUCGAGAUAUUGGUAAUGAAUUGUCUGCGGAGGAUUUAAUGAACCUAAGGUUCAAUCUUAUAUAUCCAGGUACGAAGUGGUGCGGACCUGGAAACAUAGCAGAUGAUUACGACGAUCUGGGAACAUCCCAGGAGACCGAUAUCUGCUGCAGGGACCACGAUAAUUGCCCCGACACCAUACCAGCGGGGGAGACUAAACAUAACUUGACCAACGAAGCGUAUUAUACAAAAUUGAGCUGCGAUUGUGACGAGAAAUUCCGACAAUGUUUACGAAGUGGUAACACGAAAUCAACGACUACAGUCGGCUUGAUGUACUUCAACAUUAUCGGGACUCAAUGCUUUAGAAGCGAUUAUCUUGUUACGGGAUGCGUUAAGCAAGGAGGGUGGCUAAACACGAAGUGCGUUGAAUAUUCAUACGACACGACCAGUGAGAUGACGUACCAGUGGUUUGACGUGCCCAACUAUGAGUACUAAGCACAUUUUGAACAUAUGUCUAGAGCUCAAAAAACAAUAGAAAUACGGCUAUGUUUUUGGAACACCAGUUUAACUUGACACGUAAACAGCGUGCCACCGCAUCCUCUUGUAUUAAAUGUAUUUUAAUCUGUG